GGGUAUGCGCGCACGCCAGCCAGUGUUACCGCGCAUUUCAAACGAUACACUCGCGAACUGCAAAUGUAUUUUCCAAAAACCCCUGAGGUCGAUGACACAAGUUCGGAAGGACUCGAAAUGUUACGGUUUUAAUCGAUUCUCGUAUAGAUGAUCGAUUUGCUGAGAUGUUAAACGUAUAACUAAAGAAGAAUAUAUGUCUAGUGAUAAACUAAAAACAAUCAAGAUGUAUACGAAAGUGCUAGUGAUGUUAAUGGCAGUGUCUUUGAUGCCGAUGGUCCUGUCAAGAUCGAGGAGGUACUCGAAGUCGCAAGGCAAUUCAUUGUACAAGAUCAGAUGUGAUCUCAAGUGUAUCGAUUUAAAUAAAGAAGAUAAACCUUUAUGCAAAUCACAAUGCCGUUUGAACGAGAAUAAACCAGGGACGUGUCCAAUAUCUGACUCGCCGAAGUGGGAGGCUGCUUGUGUGGAAGCAUGCAACGCCGACUCACAAUGCGAUGGCACGCAACGAUGCUGCCGCCAUUCCUGCGGGUCCACUUGCAGUGAACCUAUCGACCUUCUGACUGUACCAGGUCUCCCAGCAUUACCCACGAUUGAGGAGCCUAAAGAGAAAAAGAGGUCUGUAGUGAUCAGAUGGUCGGAUGGAGUGGGGGAUGCAGCAAGAGCGGUUCCUGGACCUGUCUUCUACGUGCUAGAGGAGCAACACCAUCUGGGACCGAAGUACGAAGAGAUGAGACUUGGAGAAUGGAGUUUACUAUUGAGAACGAAUAAAACCAAAGUAUCGUUACGAAAUGCUCUGAAACCGGGUCGUUGGUACCGGUUCCGAGUUGCAGCCGUCAGUUCUUCGGGCACGAGAGGAUUUUCAGCUCCUAGUUCUCCAUUCACACCACGCCGAGGACCACGUCCUCCUCCAUCCCCGAAGAAACUUAGAGUGCGUCCUGUAAGAGAAAAUAAUGGCACCGUCACUGUGAGAUUGGAAUGGAAGGAGCCACAUUCAGACCUGCCAGUACUGCGAUACAAAGUCUUCUGGAGUAGACGUGUUAAGGGCUUGGGAGGAGAACUGGACUCAGUGCUGGUCAACCAUCAAACGGUGCCCAAGGACCAAAAUUUCAUUGAAAUCAAGGACUUGCAGCCAAACUCGAUGUACUUUUUACAAGUACAAACGAUCAGUCAGUUUGGUCUUGGUAAACUCCGCAGUGACAAGGCAUCAAUAUUCUACAACACUACUUCUGCGGGUCGUUUUGAGUCACCUCCAGAACCACUUCAAAAACGUGACAAUAAAAAGAUAAAAGGUCUUAGUUUACUCAAAAUUGUAUGGUACAAUAAUAAAAUAAAGGCUAGAAUCGCCUGGCAACCUCUCCCUAGUGUUUACGAGCAGCCCGGAAGGUAUUACGUUCAUUGGAAAGCAAUUAAGUGCACCAACCCCAAAAAGACACGCAGAGAAGGGCUAACUGCAAUUACUGAGGAUACGACCUUCGAAAUAUAUGAGUUGAACUACCGGUGUAUUUAUAAGGUGAAUGUGAAUUCAACGCCACGUCUCAAAUCGCCAGAUUCAGAACUUACUGUGACUGUCCCUGGGUGUGAAUAUUUUAAAAGAAGAGUUAGUAAUUCCACAGCAUUAAACUGUGAAGGACAUAAUUAAUUUGUAUUAAACAUUGUAUUAUAUUUUAAGUAUAACAUUGACUAUUUUUUUAUUACAUUUCAUUCGUGUUCGUCAUUUACUUUACAUUCAAGAUGAAUAACAGCUUUUCAUUUUGUAUUCAAAUCCUAGGUAAAUUCUAUGUUAAUAAUUAUUAUAAUAUUGUAAAGACUUAGCUAUUAAGUUUUUAGUAAAUUGAAAAAGUGUCAUCAAUGGUUCACAAUAUUUGUACGAAAGGAGUUGUGAGUGAAAAACAUUAAGAUAAAUCAUUAUAAAAACUAUAAACAUUUUAUUUAUUGAAUGUACGACUAUUUUAGUUAAUAAAACUACUAUUACCUCCGAAA